GUCAAAAUAAUGAGCGUUUACCUUGCCGUCUCAAUAGUGUUAGCCUAUCUGAUUUUGAUAAAAUGCAUUUAUUACCGACAUCGGCAGACUUUGAUGAAGUCAUUGCGAGAUGUAAUGAGUGAUUUAUCAAUCAGAGUAACGGACGGCUCUGAUAUCAGAGCUCUCGUUAUUACCGCACAUCCGGAUGAUGAAUGCAUGUUCUUCGCGCCAACGGUUUUACGACUGGUUGAUUUAAAGGCUAGCGUUCAUUUACUCUGUCUGUCUGAAGGAAACUACUACAAUCAAGGAGCUCUACGGAAACAAGAACUUCUCAACAGCUGUGCCGUGUUGGGGAUACCAGAAUCCAGAGUCACAAUAAUAGACCACAAGAAACUGCCCGAUGAUCCAAAAGCAGAAUGGAGUGUCUCUUUGGUGUCCUCUCUGAUUGUGAACCACAUAAGAAAUCAUUCCUUCAACUUGGUGCUGACCUUCGAUGGAAGAGGAGUGAGCGGCCAUGCCAAUCACACAGCCAUCUAUAAAGCUGUCAGCUAUAUUGCUGCCACUGGACAAUUACCCAAUGACUGCUGUUUGCUCUCCCUGGUGACCGUCGGCCUCUUCAGGAAGUACAUCUCCCUCCUAGAGCUUCCUGUAAGCUGGCUGCUGCCUUCAUGUCUCUGCUGUGUUAUCGACUCACAGGGCUACAGGCAGGCCAGAGAGGCCAUGUUUUGCCAUCGCUCUCAGCUGUUGUGGUUUCGUCACCUCUACAUUGCCUUCUCUUGCUACAUGUUUGUAAACACUUUCCAAAUGAUCCCACAAGGACCAAAGAACCUCAAGAUCUACUGAGUUCACUCAUCGACAUGUACUGAUCGUUACACUGGGAGGAACUGAGUGAUUACCUUCACACUCUCAUACUGUAGUAGGACUGAAUUACAGAAAUGUUGCAGAGAUGGGCAUUUAAGUUGGUGUUUGAUUGCAGAAAUGUGUGAAAGCAAGCAUUGUGAUGCUACUUAGAAAAUAUCCUUUUUUUGAGUGACUUGUUUUUUGUAAGAAGAUUUCUGUCUCUUCAGAUCCAAAAAUAAUGAAUGUUGACUUUAAAGUGAUCCAACAAAGACCAAAUAUCUUAAAAUGUAUUAUAUGACCUCUUUUAUAUGCACUGAUAAGCUGUUUCCACCAAGCAGUCUGGUUCAGUUUGGUUUGGUUUGGUUCAGUACACUUAUUUGGCUUUUCACUCUUAAAAAUUGGAAAAUGUACAAAAAAAAGGAUCUUCAUCAUCCUGCUUUGUUGGCACCAUUCUGUUGGGGAGCCAUGCAUACCUAUCUGAACCUAAAGAUUGGCAUUAGACUCAAUGCUGUCUAUUGAUCAGUUGAAAGACUCUUCACUUCCUGUGUGACAGCAUUUUAACUGACUCAAACUCAAAAACAGUCCUUGUUUGGACUUAACUGAACAGCUUUCUCCCUCAUUUAUCACAAACAUGUUUUUAAAGGAAACACUUAUGUACUAUUAGUAAAUAAACCCUGAGAGGUACUGGUUAAAAUGUGAUAAUUCAAUACAAGAUGACAGGUUAUGAGAUACCAUUAUGUGUUGUUCAUGAACAAGCUGGUUCUAAGAGCUGGCUCUUCUAUGUGAAUGACAGGAGCUGGCAUCUAUUUGAGAGCUAAUUUCCUUUUGUCCAUUUUUGUUGGUUUAAUACACAGUAAAAAAGAAAAAAAAUUUACUAAACUAUUAAUAGUGAGCUGAGCUAAAUGAUCUGGAUCUCUAAACGAGCUAUCAUUAGGUCAGGAGAGCGAUUCUGGACUCAUUAACCAUAAAAAGAAAGAUCAAGUUUACUCCAUUGAAUGCAUUUUGAUUUUGUAUAGUUUUUUGUGUAUGGCUGCUUGAUCUUGGUCUAAAACUCUGUUAACUGCUACUUACUUUCCUGACCAGGACGCUCUUGAAAAUAGAUUUUUUUAACUAGUUUUUUUCCUGGUUUCCUGGUCAAAUAAGGGUUUAAAAAGUACUGCUUGGUGGAAAUACACUUAUAAUCACUUGUGUGUACAAUUAACUGUAUAAAUGAUCAAAAACUGUGGUGCUGAGCGAACUGACAAAUAUAAAUAGCUGUUUUUCACUGGGAACAAGGGUUUCUUUAACACUCAACUGGCUAAAAUAGCCUAAAAUAUUUUUGUAAGCACCUCCGAAACUUGAGUGUUAAAAACACAAAGUUCUGACGUUUUGCUACUCAAAGCUCCUUCUCUGUCAUUGCACUGUAAAAAACAACAAUUGUGUUUGAUUUAGAACCAAGUUUUUUAUUUUUCAAAGAUGAUUGAAAGUACUGUAUAAUAUCUCUGAUGUACUGAAGAUGAUUAAAGUUUGGACAGAGUA